AUGAAUGAAAACAGUAACAUCGUCCAAGACUCUGUGCACUCGCAGCAGUCCUCCACUCAACCGGAUGUCAUGACUCCUACAAGCUCCCAGGCCGAGUCACCCAUUCUAGGUUAUGAAAACCCACCCGUUUCAAUGCAGCACGCCGAUGAAAUCCCCAUUCUAGGUCAAGCAGAUGCGCCUCUUCCAACUCAUGUUAUCGACGAAGUCCCCGUGAUCGGUCACGCAAAUGCGCCUCCUCCAACGCAGGGCGCCAGCCAACCUCCUAACCUAUCUCACAAUCAGUCCACAGUCAGCUUACACGACUGGCAAUGUUCAUCCUUUAGUUUUGUCAAGCCCACAACCCGUCAGCAGUACAACAUGAACUGUCGCACCACUGAAGCUUGGAAAGAAAGGUUGGAGAGGGAGCUGUAUGAAGUCAGACAAACACUGAGAUCUCUUCGUGUUUCUGAGGAGGAAUUUCAAGCUGCGCUUGCAGAGUAUGCAGCUAUCAAGCAUGACAUUUUGGAGCUGGACCUCAGAUAUGUAUGUAUCAGGCGUGCUUGGAGAUUCGUCCAGGAAGAGGAAAGGAAACGGUUGAUGAAACUUGAAGAAGAGGCCUCUUAG